CGGGGGAAAAAGAAGGUGACUGUUCUUUCAGACUUUUUUUGAAUAAACUGGAGAAAAAAAAAGUAUUCGCCUCUAAACCUAGUGGGAUCCGGACUCCAGCAACAACCGUCAAAAAAAUGCGUUUGACUACGACGCACAAAUGCACAGGAUUCGGAAUCCAGGAGAUUCUGGGCUUGAAUAAGGAGCCGCCCGCGGUUACGCGGCGUCCAUUGGAAUCUUUGCCGCACAGGGCGCACCUUCUGGCGGCUAGAUCGGUUUUGGACUCGGCGGGAGUCGGGAUUGGGAUGGGAAUUAUUGGUCCAGAAGGAGGAAUUCAUUCGUUUUACAGCCAGCCUGCCUUUCUGGAGGUGUUACAGGAGGCGAAGAGUGUUCACCUUCAGCCGCUCAACGGGGCCAGGGCAAUGGGACAGCUUGAUGCGCACUACUCCGCAAACUGCUCUGAUUCAGAUGACAUAUCCUCCAGUGAAAAGACAUUUUCCAAAUCAUCGAUGAACCAAAACAAGAAGAGAAAGAAGAGACGACACAGGACUAUAUUCACAUCAGAUCAGCUGGAUGAGUUGGAGAAGGCUUUCAACGAGGCCCACUACCCUGAUGUUUACGCCAGAGAGAUGCUCUCCAUGAAGACUGAACUUCCAGAGGACAGGAUACAGGUUUGGUUUCAGAACCGCCGUGCCAAGUGGAGGAAGAGGGAGAAGUGUUGGGGUCACAGCAGUGUGAUGGCGGAGUACGGCCUGUACGGUGCCAUGGUCCGCCACUCCAUCCCUCUGCCUGAGUCCAUCCUCAAGUCAGCCAAGGACGGUAUCAUGGACUCCUGUGCCCCAUGGCUACUUGGUAUGCACAAGAAGUCCAUAGAUACCCCUGUUCCGACCUCUCCUGUGAAACUGGAAGCUCCCCUCUCCAAACUUCCUGCCAGGGAACGAGAGAGGGAGAGAGAGGUGGAGCGAAAGGUGGAGGAAGAGGAGGAGGAGGAGGAGAGGAGAGAGAAUACCAGAUCGCCCAUAUCCAAAGAGGAACUGAGAGAGAAUAGCAUCGCAGCACUCAGGGCUAAAGCUCUGGAACACAGCGCUAAGAUGCUGGGGACACAUUCUGAUGGAGGACCACUGGGGACAGUUUCAGGGGCUGUACCAGUGGGGCAGAGACAGCCGACGGAGACAGAGGACAAACAGACAGAAGGACAGUUGAAUCCUGCAGAGAAGAUAGAGUCCAGUCACUGAUAUGAACACAUUCUUCUAAAGACUAUGCUAGGGCCUGUUGAUGCCCUCUCUGUACAGAACACUGUCUACGUACUCCUGACAUCCAUACUAUUAUAACAAAAGAUAGUAUUAGUUACAAUACACAUUAUUCUUUCUAGCAAAAAAAUAGUCAUAAUGUUCCUAUGACACCAAUACCGGAUAUCGUCAACCUCCACAAUCUUCCUGUCAUGGGGAUUCAUUUUCUCCAGAUCAAAUUUUCCAUCAUGGGAAUUCCAACUCAGUAAACUACUACAACUAUA